AUGUAGAACUCUAACACGCUUUAAGUGCGGUAAACGUGGAUUACAAACAAGUGUGUCUGGGUCGGCAAGCUAGCCCCGAAAAACAACUUAAUGGAUUGGAUGCGACACAUCUUUCCCCUCAAGAUAGAGUAGUACACUGGGGUACAACAAAAUGUCCACAGCAUCAGCGUCUGUGGUCCAGUACGGUCGGCGAAAGGGUUCCUCAAAAAACAUUCAUGAGAUAAAAACUGAAUCGAUGCCACAGCCAGAUCUACGCCAAGUCACUGUUCUACCGAAGUCAGAGUGGCUUCGUAUUCAAGACAAUUUGAACCAUGUAAACAAAUAUAAUGAAAGUCUCAAGGAGGCUGCCAGGCAAAGAGAAGCCAUGCAUCAACGCUCCAAAGAAGUGGUGAAAUUCUGGUCCAAUACCAUUGCUGGUCAAAGACAAAAAAAGCUGGAGGCCAAGAAGAUUAGAGAAGAGGUGGAAGAGGAGGAGCGAAAAAGACUAGACUUAGAAGAGGCCAUGUACCAGGCUGAGAAACGGAAAGAAGCCAUUGUAAAAGCAAAAGCUCAGCAAUACUACCAGACUGAUCGAGUUAAAGGAUUUCAUAGUGCUUUGCUCUUGACGGAAGUGCUGAAAGAGAGAGAGGCUCAGCUUGAGCUGAAGAGGCGUAUCCGUGAGGCCUCCCGCGACAAGGACAAGGAGAUGAUGACCACACUGAAGCAGCGGGAUGAGCAGGCCCUGCAGCAGGAGAGGGAGAAGGAGCUGAAGAGGAGGCAGGACAGUGAAGUUACUAUCAAAGGGCUGCAACAGCAAAUAAAGGAGCAUGAGCUUACCAAAGAGCAAGACAUGAAUGAGGAUAAGAGACAGGGAGAAGAGUUGAAGCGUCUCAAGGAGCUUUAUGAUCAGGAGCAGGCCAUGCUGGAGGAGAAAAGACUGGAGGACAAGAGAAGCUUUUUGAAGUCCCAAAAUGAGCACAUGUCCAACAGAGACAUGGUGAAAGCUGUGGAGACUCAGAAGCAGCAGAUUGAGGAGGAGAAAUGCCAGAUGUAUGCCAGUGCCAAGCUCAAGAUGAUGAAGAUGAGGAAAGAAAGGGAAGCGGAGAGGCUCAGGGAGAAGCAGAAGGUCAGAGACGAGACCAUUGCGCGGCUGGCCGCCCAUCAGGAGGAGCAGAAGAUCAACGAGGAGGAUCUCAUAGCCAAGGCCAUAGAGGAGAGGGAGGCGCGGCAGGCCCGUCAGCUGAGGGAGAAGGAGGAGAAGAGGAACGCCAUGCUCCAGUCCAUUGCUGCUCACCGGCAGACCACGCGUCAAGAACAGGAAGAGAGAGAGAGUGAGGAGAGGCAGAAAGCUUUGGAUUUGCUUCUGGCUAAGAAAGAGGCUGACCGGAUCUUCCUGGAGAAACAGCAUCUGAAGGCCGUAAGAAUGAAGGAGGACGGUCAAACUCUCCAAAAGAUCUACGUCCAUCAGAUGGCAGAGAAGCGAGCCAGAGAGCAGAAGCUGAAGAAGGACCUGCAGAUGUUUGAGAUCACCAACGGCCAGCUGGUGUCCGAGGAGGAGAGACAGUUCCAGCAGUACGCCAAGCGCAUCAUCGUCACGGCCAAGGAGGCUGGACGCGACCCUAGCCUGCUCCAGAGGGCGGCACGAGAGGGCAUCGGGGGCGGCCUGGGCCCCAUCUUUGGUGGGGUACGACCCAGCUACCUGGUUCAGGACGACACCGGCGUCCAGAUGCCCAGUUACGUCGGCACUGCUUCCCAAGAUAUCAAAGAGCUGAACGAGACCACUGACAUCCAGAGGGCAAAGAAACGCCUGGGAUUCACAUGGUGACAUGGGUUGUCAUUUAUAGAAUGAGCUUACGGGACUAUGGUUCCUGAUGCCUUUAAAUUACAAAACAGAUUUGCUUAAUAAAAGUUUCAUUAAUGUGACCAUAUAAGUCAAGGACACCAAA